CACAAUUUUCCCACUGUAGAUUGUAUGUAUAUUUUCUAGUUAUAUAUGUUAGUUUCGCAAUAUCACAUGGCGGUUGGCAAGGCUGAAAAUCCCAAUAUAUAAGCGCGCCUCCGCGGCUAAAAAAUCCCAAGCGCCGCCAUCUCUGGACCUCAAUCCAUCUCAAUCCAUCCUCACUCAACAUCACCGCAAUGGCGACGUCAGCCGCUAGAUUCGCACGGCCACUGCGCCUAGGCACAAAGCCUGUUUUCCUGCCAAACUUCACCAUAACCCUCACCCGCAACCCCCCUCAAACUCCCGCAACCCACGCCUCCUUCAUCGUCCCCCUCAACCUCAACAAGCUCGAUCUUCGCGACUACCUCUUCAAUGUCUACUCGGUGCGCGUUUUAGGCGUACGCUCAUACAUCCAGCAGCAAAAAGUUCGACAGGACAAGCCCGGAGCCCGACGCCCGGCACAGCGCAAGUGGUACCGUCCGCGGGCCAUCAAGAAGAUGAUUGUUGAGAUGGAGCAGCCAUUUGAGUGGCCAGAGGAGACGACGGAUCUGGCGGCCUGGGACAAGGUCACCUAUGAUGCGGCAAAGGGGGAGCAGAAGGCGGACCAGGAGCUGAAUAACCCGACGUUUAAGAAGCAGCCCAGCAGAGAGAGGGAGAGCAUUGCGGAGCAGGCGGCGAAAUUAUUGGAUGGGACGGAUGCGUGGAAGUCGAAGGAUGAGUGGGAAGAUGUUGGGGAGGCGGAGGAGGUGGAGCAGGAUGUUGUGCUGCCAAGGCAAUAGGGGGAUGGUAGAAAUGGCGCGUGGAUGGACGGAAGUGUUGUAUUAUAAGUAUUAUAUGGGAGCAUUUGUAAUUCUAUGUUCAUGAAGUCUUGAAUACGCAAUACAUGAUUGCAUAUACUAUGGUAU